GGACGAGGAAGAGGAGAAGGGAAGGGAAGGGAAGGAGAGCAGUGGGUGCUGGAGCCAUGUCAGACACACCUUUGCAGAGGAACGGCACAGCCACAGCGCCGAUGUCGUGUGAGGAGGCUCAGCUCCACAAAGAAAGGCUGCAGGCCUUGGCGGAGAAGCGAAAACGGCAAACAGAGAUUGAAGACAAAAGAAGCCAGCUCGAUGACCUGGUGCUACAACUACAGCAUCUCAAGUCCAAAGCCAUGCGUGAGCGAUGGCUCCUCCAGGGAAUGGGAGCGGAGGAAGAAGAGGCCCGGCGGAAACAGCUGCAACAGGAUGAAGAACAAGGGAAGAGGCUGGAAGACAUCAUACACAGGCUGGAGUCUGAAAUCGGUACACUGGAGAAUGAAGAGUCUCAGAUAUCAGCCAAAGAGCAGGUUCUACGGGAACGUCUGAAAGAGACGGAGCGCUCGAUAGAAGAUCUGCAGAAGAGUCUGAUGACCCAGGAUGGAAAUGCCACCAGCUGCGUGUCCGCCCCUCUCUCGGACUGCACGGACCCCGAUCCACACCACCUUGUCCUGGCCACGCAGCCCAGGACUGGCCAACCUGCCUCUGGAGAGCACGCCAUACCAAGACCUGCAAUGUUUGCCAUGGAGAUCAACGUUCAGCAUGACCCGCAGACCGGCGAGCAGCGCAUCCUGUCCGCCAACCGCGUGAGCCCGCUGGAUGCGGCGUCACGCGGCAUCAAAGUCUACGACGAUGGCAGAAAAGUGGUCUACGAGGUCACUUCCUCCGGGGGCGUUUCCACCAGCACCUUGGAGAAUGGCUGGAGCUCUGCGCAGGUUGACCAGCUGGUCCAGCGGGCCGCUAGGCCUGCCGUACAAGGAGGAGACGGAGGCCGGGGUCAGGUGGCCGUGACCGUGACCCCGGCUGCCCCGCAGGCUUAUGUUUCCCCAGCAGAUGUUGACGAUCUGUCUCCACCCUCCUGCGCCCCGCCAUCCAUUCCUUCAAGCCCGCCCGCCCAGGUCACCCUCCAGAGGGAGACCCGGCUUGGCAUGAUCCCCCCCUCUGCUCCAAUCACAACCCAGCCCGGCUCCUCGGCCCACCCGGGCGGCGAGCUCGCCUCCCAACCCGAGGCCAGCGCUGAGCACCCGGUCACCAUGGUGUUCCUCGGCUACCAGGACGUUGAGGACACGAGCGAGAGCAGGCGGCUGCUAGGUUUCGACGGCGCCGUGAAGGCCGAGGUGGUUCUGAUCGACGAAGACGACGAGAAGUCGCUGAGGGAGAAGACGGUCACCGACAUGUCCAUCAUCGACGGCACAGCGGCCGACCUCGUGUCAGGGCGGCCGGCCACGUCCGAGGCCGUCAGCACGGAACUGUCAUCCGACGGCCGUGAGCCCGACAGCACCUCCUCGCCCCCCGCCAACCCCGACGCCAAUGCGCCCCCCCCGCCCGGCCUCACCCCCGCCACAGGCUACGGCCAAACACCGGUGAUUACCACGACAACAGCAAAUGGGUUUCAAGCUUCAAUGCCGACCAGGCAUCCUCACACCGCCAUGAGAUCAUGGCGGGCAGCCGAGGAUGUCAGUGACACAAUUCCACGAGAGCGAGCCCUGAAGAGUGUCAGUUUCCAGGAAUCGGUCAGCGUUAUCACCGACAGGCCUGCGACCAUGGAACUGGAGAGCCAGCAAAUCCAACAUGGCUGCCUCAGCAGCCCCAGUAACCGAGCCCACAAUACAGUUGGGGUGAAAGUAGAGGCUUCUGACAGCGAGGUGGUGCAGGAGAUCCGCUACUUGGACCAGGUUUUAGACGCCGCUUCCGAAACACCCACCAACGGAAACACUUCUCCGCCAGAACACGCCGAAUCAAUCACCAUCGAUGGAAACCGUCCUUCUGUCUGCGUGUCGGCCUCGUCUCCCAGCGAUCACGGAUCAGUCGUUGUGGAGGGGCAGAGACAAACCAUGUUCCUGUACCAGGAGGACUCUGCUGUGAGGACCAACGGCCAUGUGCAGGGAGAGGAGUCGGCGAGCGGCAGGGCGAAGUUUGAGCUGAGAGCUUUUCAGGAGGAGAGACGGCCAGCCAAACUCUUCACUCCUGGAGAGGAGCAGCAGGUCAGGGUGACGAGGAGGCGGCCCUCAGGGGAGGUACAGGAGCUGGAGCGUGAGCGUCAGGAGCUGAUCAAAGACCAGGCCGUGAAGAAAAACCCUGGGAUCGCCAACCGCUGGUGGAACCCUCCUCAGGAGGUUCCUUUGGAAGAACAGCUGGAUGCAGAGCAGCUUGAGUCCCUCAAGAAAUACCAGGAGAGGAAACAGCAGAAACAUACUUAUACAUACUCACAGCCCCAGGUGUCAGGUCCUCCCACAAUGGUGACCUUUGACCCGGAUCUAAACAGGAAGGAGGACAUUGUGGAGGAGCAGAUCAACUUCUCGUCUGCCAGGAGGCAGUUUCUGCAAGGGGAGGCAACCAAGAGGGACGUAGCUCCUCACAUCUACUCCGCCAAACCCUUUUCGAAAUCCAUGACUAGAGGCAGCCAGGGGAGCGGAGACAUCGUUGCAGAAACCGGGGAGGGUCACGUGGCCUGGUGCGAUGAAGGGACUGCAGCAGAAUUUACUCGUGCACGAGCUGUAAUGACAAUCCUGCCUGACGAGGAGGAAGGGAAGCACCAUUUCCAUCCAGGUUUUCACCCAGAGGAGUCCGACUCAGGAUUAGAUGAGUCAUCUGUACGUUCUCAGGACACUACGGUGUUUAGCUUGGAUAACGUUUCCGACAGCGGGGCUUCGCUACCACCUACCCCGUUGCCACUUACCCCGGUGUCACCGCCUACCCCCCAGCCCACCACGCCAGUCAAUGGGCAGACCAGUGGCAGUCCAACAGAAGAGGAGCUGGACUACCACGCAGGGGUACUUGUCCAAAAUGCUAUCCAAAAUGCCCUGGCAGCUCAGGAUGGAGAGGAGUGGCAGCCUUCGGACUUAAAUUCUUCACAACUGAGCGCCCCUGUGUCUCCAUCCUCGGCUUCUUCAAGUAGCCCAGUGCCAGUUUCCUCCUCUCCUGUGUCUUCGAGCGGAGCUCCCAGCCUCCAAUCGCCUGUGUCCACCAGUCCUGCUCCAUCCAGCCUGUCCCCUCAGCCAGACAGAGUGCCAGAAGUAAGAGUUGUUUCCGAAGAGAAGCCUUCAGAAUCACAACACGCUCUGCAGCAGCAGCAGCAGCAGCAGCAGCCCUCCAGUCCAGCACAGCGAACACAGCUCCAGACGCCUUCUCCGCCGCCUUCUCAGCCCAUCUCGCCACCCCAGAGGCCCAGAGAUGGAGGCCCCAGGAUCAAAAUCCAGUCCUCUUACGCCAGAGCCCUCGCCUCCUCCGCCCCGGCUCCGGCCCCUGCCUCUGCCGCGGCAGCUCCAGUUCCCAGGCCGACCCCGGUCUACCGUCCCCCUUCUCCCCCAAGCCCGGAGAAACCAGAGUUCAGCUACUUCAGUAAAUACUCCGAGGCGGCUGAACUGCGCAGCACGGCCGCAGCAGCACGAGGCCCCGACACGGAGGCCGCCAGCGGGCCAUUCCGCCUGCGCUCCAACAAGCAGCGAACUCUGUCCAUGAUCGAAGAGGAGAUCCGAGCAGCUCAGCAGAGGGAGGAGGAGCUGAAGAAACAGAGGAAGGAGCAGCCUGUGGUUAUUGCCCGCCCCAGCAACGCUUCCAGCAACAGUCUCGGGCCCGUGAGGACGGGCACGCGGCAAACCAAGAUCUCCCCAGCAGAUAAGAUGAAGAGCAACAGCCUGCCAGCUAGACUCACACUCACAGCGAAGACAGCCCCAGGAAAGAUCGAGAAAGUGCGACCUGCACCGCCCGUCUCACCCUCACCUUCAGAAGGAGCCCUGUCUGACGCCGGCAGCGAGGACUCUGGAGGACGACCCAAAAACUUCAUGCAGACGCUUAUGGAAGACUAUGAAACACACAAAGUGAAAAGGAGGGAGAAGCUAGAGGACAACAGUUAUGCCCGUUUGUUGUUGGCCAACGAGGUAACCACUGAGGUUCUGGAGGCCACUCGCGUCACUAGGAGGAAGAGCGACAUGGCGCGGAAGUGGGAAGCCGGUAUCUACGCCAACGAGGAAGGAGAGGAAGAAGAAGAGGAGGAGGAGGAGGAAGAGGAGGAGGAGGAGGAGGAGGAGGAGGAGGAGUAAACUGCUCCUUCCAGAGACAGUUAAAGGACCGAAUGGAGAGGAGGAGGAGGAAGAGGAGAAUGAAGCGAGGAUAGGGAAAGGAAAACAGUAUUUAUUUUGCUACUGUAGUAUUCUGAUGAUCACAUGACCCGCUAGCCCGACCAAUGGGGCUCAUGGAAGAGAUGCAUCAAGUUGUGGUUUUCUGACCUGAGGAUUGAAGGCCAACAGUAUGUUAAGAGACUGAACUGAGUAUGUAAGAGACAUUUGAAGUGUUGAGGUGAGUUUGGAGAGAGAAAAAAAAAAGGUCAGUGAUGCAAGAGACACUUUGGAAGGGUUUUCUGUUGGUUUAAGAGCGCUGUUCCCGAAAUGGAUUUGGGAUGAAAGGUUUUUACUAGCUGGUAGACGCUGAAUGAACUAAAUAUUCAUAGGAUUUUUCCUUUGCCUGUCGUUUUUCUUAUUGAAAUAUGGGCUGAGAUCUAAAGGUUGCCUGAGACUUGUUGGAAAUGGGUGCUUGAUAAUUAAAUCAAAAUGUGUGGAAAUGUUUUCAUUACCAACAGGGGAAGAAAAAAAAAAAAAAAAGAUGCAAACGACGAGCAGGCGUGUGCAAAGUGACUAUGACGCUAUGACGUUAAAUGAGAAAAAGCGAGGCCUAAAACAUUGAAUGAGAAAAAAGCGGGGCCUAAUUUCUGUCAUUACAGAAUUAUUUUGACCUUUUAUUGGAUGAUGCUGCGGGAAGGCUGCAGUGUUUUCCAGGCACUGAACCAAACGGGAGCCCAAGCAUCACAUUCAGAGCACGUAAAGUUGUAUCUUCUGCGUCCUGCUGUGCCACAGCACAGACAGAAGACACCCACGACGUGUUGGUGGGAGCUUUUGCAAUCCUCUUAAGCAUCUGUGUUAAAUCGUAAGUGCCGACUUGAGGGUCCUUGAACUGUUGAAUGCUAGCGAGGACGUUUGCAAAACUAGCAUCGAGGUCCAACUUUGCCUUAGACCGUCAGUAAUUGUCGGAUGCACGAUAUGUAUGAUGUAUUUUACCUUCUCCUAUUCUGUAUUGCUACAGUCUCAGUAGACCUUAGAGAAAAUACGCAACCACAUUAGAUAGAACGUCUGUCUAUAAAAACACUACUGACUUCAUGUCUAUUAAGUGACGGGACAGAUGGGGAAGAGGGAAGCUAACUGCGGGUCAUGUUUGCGUCACUUCAGUCAGACCGUGUAUUAAUGAAAGGGCUGGGUCGGGGGUUUUCUAUUCUAAAAAAAAAAAAAUCACUUAUUUUACCUUUACUGGCUACGUCGCUUUGUUGACCUGUGCUCUCUGAUGUAAGCAGUUGUUUCGUGUAUUAUACUGAGGUAGGACUGUUUAUUUGAUAUAUGGCUGAACAUGUAAUGUAUGUUGAGAUUCCAGUGGGGCAACUGCCGUGUUAUCUAACUAUACCUUGCGAGCUGAGGAUAAAGUUUGAUGAGAAAUAUUGAUGAAGCGUGUUACCAAAAAGCAGAAUGUUGUUAUUUAGAAACGUCAGCCUCUACGCUUUAAAAAAAAAAAUCUAUUUAAGAAGUGCUGAUUGUGUGCAUGAAGUGACACUCCUUUCCUAACCUGAAACAAGCACACAACAAGCAGCAAGAAGGCAGUCGAUUAUCAGCGCGCUGUUUCAUUAACAGGCCGCAACUACAGGCUGAACGUCUGUUCAUUUUCUAUGUUAAUAACAUAACAGCGGGAGAUUCACGUGUUGGGGUUGUCAGUUUGUUUUAUAUAUAUUGUGAGCUUUGAUUUUGCAGGACGGUGUGUGAUUUCCUGUUUUGUUAAAUGAAUGAAGAAUGAGUGUGGCGUUACUUUGGAUUGUCCAGGUGCAGAGAGAGCAAGGUUCAGCUUCCAAAUUAAAAGAGUAAAACAAAUUGAAACAGGAAUAAUCCCUGGAGCCUACAGGACUGUUUUCAGAUGAGGAUUUCAGACGAGGAACCUGGCGACAUUGAACCACUUAACUGAAAAGUAGCAAAAAUGGUUCUACUUUUCGGUCUUUGUUAGCUUGUUUAUUGAAGCCCUUUUGGUGUUUUUUUUUUUGUUUUUUUUUGUUUUUCAGCAUUAGGAUGUCAGGAGGACGGUGAGAAAGAUUGUCCUGGGAAACCGCAGCUCACAGUUUAUAUCAGUGCAUCUGCCAACGUGUCCUGUUCGAGUGUCUUUCAGCCAGGCACUGAUCUUUCUGUUUGCUCACAAACACACUGAAUAAAAGCUAUAGAAUUAAAACUGAGGUAAAGUUGCACAAAAGAUAAGGAAUCGCGGGACACAUACAGUACAUACUAACCCUCGACAAUAAUGACUUAUAAUUAUAUUUAUUGGGACAGUUCCAUCCUGAGUGCAAAUUAUCUGACUCUAUUUAAUUAUAUAUUUUAAUAUGCUCUCGAAAGGGGAAACCAAGGACUCGUGCCUAUGUGAUGUGUCCAUUUCCCCCUGAAACUAAAAAGAAAACACACAUUGGUUCCAGACAAUCCUUGUCUUUCUUGUUUUUCUACACGUGAUAAUAUAUAAAAUGAAAAAAAGAAGUAUGUAAAGGACUAGCGUCCCUUUUUAUGAGACGUUAUUGUGGUGCUGCAGAAAGUGCCGAUUGCCACAGUUGCAACGGAGGUACAGUGUCACCAAUGCUGAUAUGAGAUUGAUUUUUUUUGCCACAUGAGUUAAGGGACAAACAAAAUAAUAUUUUGAUGCAUUUCCAUGUGAGAGAUAUUUGAUUUUAGAGGAGCUGAAGCGGACAUGUUUUCAGUAUGAAUGACAAAUAAAGAUCCUUUGUGAUGGAUGAUGGUUUUAACAGUGGCCUAUUCUGGAUGCCAGCUGAGCAUCUAGUAUUUCUAAGCUUUAUUAUUCGCAGCACGAUUUGAGUUUUGAGCAACAAAAGCAAAUGGCUUUUCGUCCCUAGUGUACUGUAGCUGCUGCCACACAUUGUAAUACUGUGCUAUUAAAAUGUACACAAGCACACACACACACACACACUGUUCUCAUUUCACCCUCAAUCAAACCCCAAACCGUUUUGAGUUCUCAUUAAAUACAUAACACUUUUGAAAUGGCUACAGACAAAAUGCGCACGCAGAGGAGUUCUAAUUGUUUGCUUUAUUAAUAUUAUUAUUAUUAUUAUUAUGCUUUUGUUGUUUGAAUUCUUGGUGAAAAGAUGAUUUAUUUAUCAUUUUUAAAUGCUGGUAGCUUGUUUUCGCCUUCAGAAGCGCCUGAGCUUCAGUGUGGGACUCACACUGUGUGUGUGCGUGUGUGUGUGUGUGUGUGCGUGUGUGUGUGUGUGUGUGUGUGUGUGUGAUAAAGCAACCUUAUUAUUACAGUAUACAGUAUAACCUCUCUUCCUAUGUUAACCACUUGUAUGCUCAUACUCUGCUUUGUUAUUUUAUAGCACAUGUACGGCUCACUGUUAUACACCUACUAUACAUAUUAUGAAUAUUUUCUCAUUAAAAACAAAACCUGUAAA